CCACUGACGUUAAUGACGCGGUUACGCCUUUCCUCCACUGCGCAUGUCAGUGAUCCAGUCCGUGUUUACAGGGCCUGAAGUCGGUUUCUCAUUCGUAGUUAAUCACUUUGACACAAGGAGGGGCACUAAAGUUUACUUCAUUCCCCACCACUGCUCACCUCCAGCGCCGGCAGCAGAAUGGCAGCGGCGGCCCCCAACCCGGAGGACUCCGCCAGGAGCAGCGGUAGCGGCGGCACCGGCACACCCAGCGCCCUUGCUGGAGACGGGGACGCGGAAGAGACCGAGGACUUCACCUCCUCUUCCCACUGCUCGGAGCUGUCUCGGCGGCAGAACGAGCAGAGGAAGCAGGGCUUGUUUUGCGACGUGACGCUGGCCUUCAGCAGCGGGGUGGCUACCGGGAGCGUCCAGAGCUGUGAGUUUUCAGCACACAGGUCUGUCCUGGCUGCAGCCACCGAUUAUUUCACCCCUUUGCUGGGAGGACAGUUCUCCGAGUCCUUGUCCGGACGGGUAGAUAUGAAGGAAUGGAGCUCAGAGCUGGGGCCGGAUCCGGACACGGUGGAGAGUGUUAUCCAGUAUAUGUACACUGGUGAAAUACGCGUCAGCACAUGCAAUGUACACGAAGUGCUGGAGCUGGCUGAUAGGUUUCUCCUCCUGCAGCUGAAGGAUUUCUGUGGUGAGUUCCUUAAGAAGAAGCUGAGCCUGACCAACUGUGUGGCGGUGCACAGUCUGGCCCACAUGUACACCUUGGACCAGCUGGCUCUACGUGCUGCAGACAUGAUCCGACGCAACUUCCACAAGGUUAUCCAGGACGACGAGUUCUACACGCUGCCCUUUCACCUAGUCCGCGACUGGCUGUCCGAUGCAGAGAUCACAGUGGAUUCUGAGGAGGUGCUCUUCGAGGCUGUGGUGAAGUGGGUGCAGAAGAACUCAGAGGAGCGAAGCCGCUACUUUGAGGAGCUGUUCCGCCUCCUGAGGUUGCCCCAAAUCAAACCCACCUACCUGACCAGGGUGGUGAAAAAUGAACGGCUGGUGGCCGCCAACGAGGCCUGUCUCCGGCUGGUGUCGGAGGCAGUGGAGGGUCACGCUAUCCGCUUUGAGAACCUCAAGUCAGCUGAUAUGGAGUUCUGGUCUUCGCACAUGGCCUCCUUUCAGCCACGCUUUGGCCAGAACAUGGACGUUAUCAUGGUUGUAGGCGGUGUGUCAGAGGGUGGGGACUACCUGAGUGAGUGUGUGGGCUACUUCAUUUACGAGGACCGUUGGGUCAACCUGCCGCACAUCCACAACCACCUGGACGGCCAUGCCAUCGCAGCUACAGAGUCUCACGUCUACGUGGCCGGCUCUAUGGAGCCAGGCUUUGCAAAGACGGUGGAACGUUACAAUCCUAAUCGCAACACCUGGGAGCAGGUGAGCAACCUGACCACACGCAAGCACUCCUUUGGCCUCACUUGCAUUAAGGAUAUACUAUAUAGCAUCGGUGGCCAUGGAAACUUCAGCCCAGGUUUCAAAGAUGUAAGUGUAUACGAGCCUGAGCAGGAUAAGUGGCACAAUCUGGAGUCUGCACCCAAAAUCCUGCGGGAUGUGAAGGCAGUGAGUGUGGAGGACCGCUAUGUGUACGUGACGGCACGCACGCCUGUCGAUACAGAUAAUGAGGAUGGACUGAAGACAGUGACCACUCGCUAUGACACAGAGAGCCGCCAGUGGCAAGAUGUUGACUCCCUGCCCCUUAUUGACAACUAUUGCAUCUUCCAGAUGGCCGUGGCUUCUACUAACUUCUACCACACAGCCUCCUGCUGCCCCAAGAGCUACACAGUGAGGGAUGAAGUUGCCAAGCAGAAAAUAAGUGUGCGCAUCUCUGAUGAGAUCCUGGAGAGCCUGCCACCAGAGGUUACCAGCAUCGAGGGUGCUGCGAUCUGCCACUUUGAUGAGGACGUCUUCAUCAUCGGAGGGUGGAAGAACAGUGAUGAUGUGGACAAGCAGUACCGCAAGGAGGCCUACCGCUACUGUGCUGAGAGGAAGCGCUGGAUGCUGCUGCCGCCCAUGCCUCAGCCUCGCUGCAGAGCUACCGCCUGCCACGUCCGCAUCCCCUACCGUUUCCUGUAUGGCUGCCAGCGCUACCCCAUGCCCCAGAACCUGGCUCGACAGCGAGAUCGCAUGCAGCAGAUGCAGCAGCUUCACCGGCGCACGCUCACCCUGCGCCGGCAGCUCCAAUCACAGAUAGAGUGUUGAGCAAGUCGGAGUUGGCUCCAUCAAAGAACUACGUGGCUCUACGUGAGGCCACCAUUCCAUUUCAGCCACCAUCAUCGACCCCCCCACUCAUACAUAACACGCUGCAGCGGGUCUUGUGUUGCUCCCAUACUGGAUUUCAUUCAUCUGAACCCUGUGCCAUCGGCUCUCAUGCUGUGUUGUGUUAAUGGCUGAUUUGUUGAAAGCCAUGAAAAGUGUUGGCAGAUGUGUGCUGUCCAGCUGGUGGUCUGUGAGGACGGAAUAUGGCGAAUGUAAACAUGUGAAUAAGAGUGUUAUAUAGCAGCCAACAACUGAAUAUCCUUUUGUCUGUUGGUAUGUUGGUAUAGAUGCUGUUUAUCUGUUUGUACAUAAUAAGUAUAAAGCUGUAUAUGUAAACAUUUAUAUGGAUAUUUUACAUUCCUUUAUUGUAUGCCCGUACUGAGAUGGCAUUAUUAAUAACUGCAUUCCUCAAUCCAGCUCGCUUAAUGAAAUCUCAUUCCAUUGUAACACUGUGACAAUCUCCUCAUAAAAGUUUGACAUCGGUCCACCCACAAAGCACUUAUAACAUAGUUGCUCUAUUAGGAUGGCUCUCCUUGUUAAUGUGCAGCCUUAACAAGUAAAUAUGAAAUUAAUCAGAGAGGCUGUUAAUCUUAAAACCUUGUAGACUAGUUUGCUUUUAGAUUGCAGUUUCCCUUCAACAGCUGUACUGAGUAUAUUUCUGUCAUUUUUGUUGUUCAUGUAACAUUUGAAAAGUAGUAACCUUCCUCCGGGUUUCUGAAGAGGUGAAAUGUUCAGAGAAUGGUCACGUCGAUAAGAUGAAAACAUUCCUUUUGAGUUAUUUUUACAAUUGAAACGUUCUAUAUGGCCACCGCAUUAAGCACCGAUCGUUGGCAGUGGCUCAAUCAUUCCUUUCUUUUGCACUUUGCUCAAUGUUUUCCCAUUCAUUCGAGAAUACAUAGAAAAUGUGUAUGUGUGUGAGUGUGUAUGAUUUGUGUUUGCAAAGCAGAGCUUCUCUACAACUGCACUUUUUUUGACAUCGAUUUGGAAAGUCUUACAUAAACGUAGGGAUUUUAUUUUGCUACUGCACUUUGCUUAUUUCAUUAGCUCCAUAUCAGACAAGAUGAUUGUAUUUUGGAAAUGCUUUGUUUUAGCCAGAUUCCAGCCAGUAAGUUAUGAUCCUCUUUGGAAAAAAAAAACUAACAUGUUAUCAUUAUUUGUGGAUUUGUUUCCAGCAUUAAAUGUCUUGUAAAACCUUGUGUUAUCGUACUUCACUUCCAGCUGGGUGUAUUUUAGAGAUCUGCUAUGUUGUGCUGUGGUCUCCUUUCACCCUCCGAAGAGACUUAGAAAUACAAUGAAAAGGUAAAACAAGAGGGAUUGUUAUAUGAAUGUGAUGUGACUGACAUUCAGAUAUUGUCCAUGCAGCGCCUAUUCCAGCAUAAAGGUUACAGAGCGCAGAAAUGAUAUUCAUUUCCACUUUCUAACAAAAAUACGUUGCAAAUAUUAGGUGGAAUAAGCUAUGUAAUUUGCUUUGCAUGUGACAUUGUGUGCUUAUAUUGGAUGUUAAGAAAUGCUAAUGUCGUCACUUGAAAUUAAAGCUGUUUUGUAAGACGGA